CUGUAAUUUGCAGGGCUGAUGAGGGUGAGGGCAGAGCAGAGGCAGGAGCAAAAUUCGCCAGACACACUAACACACACACACACACUCUCUCUCACAGACAGGCGGCUGUGCAGCUGCGCCGUUUACAGCUACAAACUGUGGGAGAAUCUGAUCCUUUUGUGCGAGUGUCUGUUUGCUCUUUCCUAACCUCGUCUUUCCCCCUCUCUUCUCUCUCUCUCUCUCUCUCUCCACGUCCCCUCCUCUCUCCGUGCUCCCUGUUGGUGUGUCGGUGUGUGUUUGUGUGUGUGAAACGUGGGGAUAACAGACGCUUAUGUGAGCAGCCUCAGUGGCUGGCUGACUGGCGAGAGAGAGGGAAGGAGAGGAAAGGGAUAACAGAAGCCACCGCCAUCAUUCUGAUCGGAUUCACACCAGACAUGUGAGAAGAUGUCCGUGGGCGGCUGCGCGUGUCCCGGCUGUUCCUCCAAGUCAUUCAAGCUGUACUCCCCCAAGGAGCCCCCCAACGGUAGCACUUUCCCCCCUUUCCACCCCGGCACCAUGCUGGACAGAGACGUGGGUCCCACUCCGAUGUAUCCGCCCUCAUACAUGGAGCCAGGAAUAGGGAGGCACACACCAUAUGGUAACCAAACAGACUACAGAAUAUUUGAGCUCAACAAGCGGCUACAGAACUGGACAGAGGAGUGCGACAACCUGUGGUGGGAUGCUUUUACUACAGAAUUCUUUGAAGAUGAUGCCAUGUUGACCAUUACUUUCUGUCUGGAAGACGGUCCCAAGCGUUACACGAUUGGUCGGACGUUAAUUCCAAGGUACUUCCGUAGUAUAUUUGAGGGCGGGGCCACAGAGCUCUACUAUGUGCUGAAACAUCCCAAGGAAUCCUUCCACAAUAAUUUUGUUUCCCUUGACUGUGAUCAGUGCACUAUGGUCACUCAAAACGGAAAGCCCAUGUUCACACAGGUGUGUGUAGAGGGCCGCUUGUACCUGGAGUUCAUGUUUGACGACAUGAUGCGGAUAAAGACAUGGCACUUCAGCAUCAGACAGCACCGUGAACUCAUCCCCCGCAGUAUACUGGCCAUGCACGCCCAAGACCCACAGAUGCUUGACCAGCUGUCCAAAAACAUAACAAGAUGUGGCCUGUCAAACUCCACCCUCAACUACCUCCGGCUGUGUGUUAUUCUGGAGCCCAUGCAGGAGCUGAUGUCCAGACACAAGACAUACAGUCUCAGCCCCAGAGACUGCCUCAAGACCUGCCUCUUCCAGAAAUGGCAGAGGAUGGUGGCGCCGCCUGGUAAGCUGGACGGACCGUGCAGAUUCAUAAAAUCAGCCCGACGUCUGCGUAACCGUCUCUCUCUCUCUGUCUCGACAGCCGAGCCGUCGAGACAGGCCCCCAACAAGAGGCGGAAGCGUAAGAUGUCAGGCGGCAGCACCAUCAGCGGCGGAGGUGGGGCCAACAACAACAACAACAACAAAAAGAAGAGCCCCGGCAGCGGCUUCCCUCUGUCCAGCCAAGUUCCGGACGUGAUGGUGGUGGGAGAGCCCACCCUGAUGGGCGGGGAGUUCGGCGACGAGGACGAGCGUCUGAUCACGAGGCUGGAGAACACGCAGUUCGACGCGGCCAAUGGCAUCGACGACGAGGACAGCUUCAACAACUCUCCGGCGCUGGGCUCCAACUCGCCCUGGAACAACAAGGCCCCUUCCAGCCAGGAGAGCAAGAGCGACAACCCCACCUCGCAGGCAUCCCAGUAGAGCCCUGGGGCGGGACCCCCCAUAACCUCUAUACAGACCCCUCUGUCAGCCCUCCCACCCUACCUCUAUAGCCAUGACUGCAGCCAAAUUGGUCCAUAGUCUGAUUUGCAAACCAAACACAGCUGUAGCGCUCAGAUUCACACCGCAGGUAGCCUGAAGGAGCUCCGUCUGUCCUCUGACUGAGCCAGAGAAAUGUUUAGGCACUGUGUCCCAGCACUGUUUCUCUCUCUCUUUCUCUCUCUCCAUCUCUUUCUCUCUCCUCCUCCAACUUUUUACACAAAACGCCCCCGUCUGCUGUUGCUCGUUUUCAUUUCCGGAUGGGGAUAGGGGUUGACACGACCGAGAAGUAGCAGGAAUUAAUUCCACACAAGAACCAAGUACACUAACCUAUCGCAGACCGAACGCUCGCUUGCACGGAGGGGUGGGUGGGCGGGGCCAGUGGGGGCGGGGCUUCACGGCGGUGGCGAGUCGCUACCCGUCAUCUAAACACGACUCCGGAUCGUGGCCUGCUCUGCCGAUGCAUAAGCCACCCUGCGUGUGUGUGUGUGUGAGCGAAAGUGAGUGUGUGCGAAGAAAAAACCUGAAGUGUUUAUCUGUGGCUUUGCUGAAGCAGACGGGUCAGAACCGAGCGUCGGUUUUCAGAACUAACACACUAGUAUGAAGGCUAUUUUGAGGCACUAGGGCAAUAACACACAUGUAUAUUCUGACCCAUGCAAACACACGUAAUAGUAAAGGUCAUGAUUGAAGGAUUCUGAGUGCCCCCAGUGCCCCAACCAUCUCUGAUUAGACUACAGUGACUGCAGUCUUUCAAAUGGAAAGCAUUUACAACACACACAAACACACACACAGCUACACAUUUUAAGAGUUUUUAUACAGUAUAUAUAUUUCCCUAGAAUGUUUUUUUUUUUUUUUUAUUUGUAUUCAACGCCUUCAUUUCAAUUACUUUUAUUUUUAAUUUUCUACCAAUACUGAAAAGCUACAGACCAAGGAGCAACGCAGGACUUUUAUCCUCCUCGCCCCCCUCAAAAAUAUAUUGUGUUUUUUUUUGUUUUGUUUUUAUCUUUUAUGUUUAUAAAAGAGAAAUAAUUUAGUGUGGAUGUUUUUAUUUUGUCUUUUUGUUGUUUUUUUUGGGGACUUUUGUGUAUUUGUGCUUGUAUAUUUAAGGUAGUAGCAAAGUUCUGUCUGACUGUAAUAAAAUGUAUUCUUACUUAGAUUUACCUAAAGCCAUCCCGAUCUAAUGUAAAGAAACAAAAAUAGGAAAAAGGAGAAAAAACUCUCAUGAACCUGUUCCCUCCUCCCCCUGCUGUCUUUCCUCCUUCCUCUUUUUUUUAAAAAUAAAACUUGUGUAAAUUAAAUUACAAACCCCUGGGGGUACAAUGGCACCAUGGAAAGAUGAUUUUACUUAGUUUUUUUUUUUUCUAUUUAUUUUUAAAAAUUCACGCUUGUAUUUUUGAUUAAUCACAGCAUCCCUGACAACUUUUCUGUAUCUCAUCUUGAUGUCGACGUGAAUGUGCUCAAUGGCUUUUAGUUUCCCUGUAACCUUCCUGUUUCAUCACUGGCUAAGAAACAAUCUUUUGUUUUUGAUCUUUUUUUUUUUUUUUCUUAAUGAGUUUUAUGUUAAAAUUCUCUUAUUUGUACAGUCUUGUUUAUAACCAGCAGUGUCGCUAGCCAUUUUAACAUUAAGUACAGUCUGCAUAUUUUGGUAACAGUGCUGAGUCUGUAAAGUCCAAUAGAGAUCAGCUCUGUUACUGGUUUGUACAUUUGUUUUUAGGGGGGGAAUUGAUUCCAGCUGCAUUUCUGAUUGAUUUUGAAUGGUGACUUGUACCUUCUCCAAACCCUGUAGAGAAAUCUUUGUUUGAUAUAUAUUUUUUUUGAUUUGCUUAGUUUCUGCCCUUAAUAAUUAAUGUAUGGUACCAAUAAAAAGAUACAUUUUCACUUUAAAACUG